AUGACUAAUUAAUUUAACUAAAAUACCUCACUUUUGAAGAAACUUCAAUUCUUUUACACUUUGUUGAAAAAUAUCAUACACUAAUUUUAAUAGCGAAUAGACAGGUAUAACAAGUGUGUUGACUUUCAAGAGACUUAAAUAUUUAGAAGACUCAAUCAAUUUGUUUAUGACACACAAACCUUAUGA